GUCCCGGCACGCGCCGCUUUCGGGGACCGGUCACAUGGCGACGCGUCUGGGUUAUGACCUCAUAACGACGGUCACAGACGCGCGCUUUUUUUUGCCUUUGGCUUUUCCCCCACACUGAUAUACUAUUAGUACUAAUUACUUCUCUUCGGCUUCUUUGGCUUUUCUCUGAAAAUGUCAGAGACUCAGCCUCUUCUUUCGCCACAAGAGGUUGAUGCAACACCAGUGUAUCCAAUUAUUCACAGUAUUCGUUCCGAUAUCAUACAUUUCAUCGACACCCCGCUUUCAUACGAUGCACUCACUGCUCCCGACCUGACUUACACCCUCAUUCGUCCACUGGUGGAGAAAUACGGCGCAAUGCAGCGAGACGGGAACAUGUCCGUUGUCUUUUGCUUCCUACUCAACCGAGUAUACUUUUCUCGUGAUCAAAACAUGGCUACCUCUCCUGUAUCUCGAACCCGCGCAGAACUUUGUGAAAUCCUGGCAAUACGCACAUUGCGGGAGUACGGCAACAAUCUGUUGGAGCUCGCCGUGGUCUUGACGACGAGUUGGAUGGUGUAUAGCGGUGCGGACGAGACUGUGAUGCAAAUGGCUCGCGAGGAGAGGGAAGAUCUGGAAGAAAGGGUUGGGAAUGCUAUCGAAAUGGCGAUUCUAGGAAGGUCGAAGAGGUUUAUAAAAAGUUCUUCUUGUCAGAAGGUCAUUGAUGGGAUUUGGUCAGGAAAGUGUGUGUAUCAAGCCGAAAGCAGUCACUCGAUCCUAUCAGAUACCUAUAAACGGAACCCAAUCCACUUCUAUGACCCUCACAAAGCCCCUUUAUUGGAUCAUUAUCGUCUCAAGGUACCUUUCAUUCGGUCGGUUUUGGAAUACACCAACUUCUUGAUUCUUUUCGUGCUCUUUAUCCUCGCUAUCGAAUGGAACACCCGAGACGAGUUGAAUGCUCCCGAGGUAAUCUUCAUGGUAUAUGCUCUUGGAUUCUGUCUCGAAAAGGUUGCUGCAAUGCAAGAACAUGGUAUACAAGUGUACUUUAAGGGUACUUGGAAUGGCUUCGAUCUCGCUUUUGUAACGACCUUUAUGCUUUAUGCUAUCCUCAGGCUUUAUGGAGUAUUUCACCAUAGUCUUUGGGCGCGUUCUACCGGUAUAGACUGUCUUGCUCUCAUCGCUUGCUUGAUGUUUCCGAGACUGGCAUUUGUCACGCUUCGCAAUAAUCUAAUGGUCCUUUCAUUGAGAGCUAUGAUUACGCAAUUCGUUGUGCUCAUGCUGAUCGCUGCGUUCUGCUUUUGUGGUUUUCUGUAUGCUCUUUGGACGUUAAGCCGCAAUGAAGCACAAUACAGUGCUGGGACCAUUGCUUGGUGGAUGCUUGACCUUUGGUUCGGAUUAGAUGCCAGUGGUUUUGAACGGUCGACUCAAUUUCAUCAAGUUUUCGGGCCAGUGCUUAUGGUCACAUACGCUAUGCUCAGUAAUACUCUCCUGCUGACUGUCCUCGUGUCUAUUCUUUCCAACACUUUCGCGACAAUAAACGAAGACGCCGCUGCGGAGGCCAUGUUCAGAAAAGCCGUGUCCACGAUUGAAGGCGUAAAAGCAGACUCCUUGUUCUCUUACCAGCCUCCGAUAAACCUGGUUGCGUUAUGCUUCAUGCUUCCGCUAAGUUAUAUCCUCACCCCUAGGUGGUUCCAUAAGGUCAACGUAUUCAUGAUCAGAAUCAUGAACCUUCCUGCGCUCCUGGUUAUUGCACUGUAUGAACGGCAGGCUAAACAUAACGGGACUACAGGAUUCUAUGAGACCUUGAUAGUGGUCACAGAGAGGGCGUAUGAUUCACUUCCGAGGCAAUUAAAAAGACUGUCUAUUUUUGAAGGAUUGGCUGGAUCUGAUAGUGAUAUUGAUGCAAUCUUCGAAAUCGAGGAAGAAGUAGAUACUAGUGCGUUGGAUACUAGGGAUGAUGUUGAACUUGGUCCGAGUGACAAACCACCUCUAUCACCAUCUGUAUCAACAUCAUCAAAACCGAACAGCCCCCCACCUUCUCCAAGCAAACGGCGGACAUCCAAUUCUUCCAAUCGUCGCACAUCCAAUUCCCUUCAACAACGAAGAACCUCGAACUCCUCCCAAAAUAGACUGUUUGCGAAUCAAACUCAUCUUACUCCUGGUGGUGGUCCUUCUUCAUCUUCACAAGAUCAAUUAGGAGGAAGUCAACCGCAUCCUAUACCUCCACGAACUCGAGUCAACUCAAUUAUGAGUCGAGGUAUGGAGGCCGCGCAAAGUUUCACCAGUCCCUUAGCACAGAUAUAUCAGCCUUUGGUCGUUGAUGACGAUCUCCCUCUUGCGAGUGAUGAGUCCCUAGACCAGGUUCCCUCGGUACCACAGGGUGGUGCUCCGCUGAUUAGCUACGGGCCGACAACACGAAGACGACUGUCGUCUAUGCAGGGAGCUCAUCGGCGUAAUACAAGCGAUGUUGGGCUUCUUCGUCAAAGCAAUAAUAACUUGGGUACACCGAAUCGACAUCUUCAGCAUGUGCAACAACAGCAACAGCGGUCUCAGCAGAAUUUUCCUUCGAUGCAGGAAGUUAUGAGUGGUGCAGAUGGCGUUAUCUCGGAGAGCCCACCUGGGCAGAGCCCGUCUAGUCGUGGGGGCUUGGAUAUACCUACGGCCGGACAGAUUCAGGAGGAGGAGGGGAGUGCAGGUGGUGCUUCGCAGUGGUCAGAGAGGUUGGCGAAGUUGGAGGAAAGACAGGAAAGGAUUGAAAAUUUGUUGGAGGGCAUUGCGAGGGAUUUGAGGGACAGAGGGAAAGUGUAGCUUAGUAUGUGUUGGAUGGAUAGAACAUGCAUUGAAUAUACACGUUUAUGAGUAUAUGCAUUUAGCUUCUCCCAACAUCUUUUUUUUCGUGGAAUUCAUGUCCUCAUAUUCACCAUCAUGAUUCUGAUGAGUACGCUGUUGGAACGCGAGGAAGUUAUUCGUUGGGUCAUUUCUAUGGAAGGCAUUGAACAGUUACAUCAGAGUCAAUGUGUGUUUCUUUGCUUGUAUCAGGACUACCGAUGAAUUGACAUGCAUUAUAUUCUACUUGGAAGCUU